UUGUGUGGCCCUGCUCUGUAUGUUGGGAUAACACUGCUGGAGGCUGAUCGGGAACUUCAGGAAUGGCGCAAGACUUGCAACCCCAUCCAGGCUAAAUACUGAUGCAAACGCCAUCCACAUUGCUUAGGGUUUUGAGUAAAUGCUCGUCUGCCCUGUGAAUCAUCGGUAAAGUGGGUAAUUGUAUAACGACAGCAUGACUCCGUGAUUUGUGAGGGAAUUCAACAACUCGUCGCCAAAGUUUUUUGCCGCUAACCUGCUCGCUUCUCCAGGUUUUAUUUGCCAAAAUUAUGUCAUCUCUGAUGCUGUGAAGUUUGCUGCAAAAAAGCAAAUACCACAAACACCUGCUGCUGGAGUUUCUGUAGGGACACAUCUGUAUUAAUCUUCGCUCUCUGGAUUAAAUAUGAAAGUGACAGUGACUUUUGGAAGGACUGGUGUUGUUGUACCUUGUAAGGAAGGAUGGACAGUGCGGGAUCUCAUCCUGCAAGCCACACAGAGAUAUAGAAAACUACUGGAGCAGGAGGGUGAUUUUCUGGUACGAACCCACCAUGUUGAGUACUGUGAUGGGGGAAUUCUGGACCCUGAUGAUGUGCUAACAGACCUGGUAGAGGACAAGGACAAGCUGAUCGCUGUAUACGAGGAGCAGGAGGCCCAGCAGAGGGGUGCCAUGAGUCCCGGGAAUGGAUCUGGGGCAAGAAGCAGCCUAACAGGCCAGUCCAGCCCAGAACCCUACGACUCUGAACUAGCCUGCUUCCAGCCAAUCAAAGGAGGAGAGAUCGAAGUCACCUCUUCUGCCCUUAAGUCCAGUACUCCUCUACUAGUGCGCAGCAGCAGUGAUUCUGCCCUUGGAGCUUCUCAGAUGGAAGAUAUGAACAGCAGAGCGAUGGGAAUACAUGUACAGACUGACAUGGACUUUACAGCUGAGUUGACCGGCAACAAGUCUGGCCCUUUGACUAGCAACCUCACAAAGACGGUGGAGAUUUCUGGGGAACAAGGGCCUUUAGGAAUACACGUGGUGCCGUAUUGCUCCUCUCUCAGCGGAAGGCCUCUGGGUCUUCACAUUCGAGGGGUGGAGGAGAACAGUCGCUCCAAACGGGAAGGCAUCUUUCAGGACGAUGAGUGUAUCGUUAAAAUUAAUGAUACUGAAUUAAUGGACAAGUCUUUUUCACAAGCUCAGGAAAUAUUCCGGCAAGCCAUGCGUUCAUCCAUCGUUCGUUUAGAAGUGGUUCCGGUCUUUAAUAAAGAACGUUUUGAGAAGAGUGUGAUCAGCCACCUGUUUAACCCAGAAACCCCUGACGCAUCAGCACAGACCAAAGAGCCUCCGCCGCUGAAAGUGAAGCCCAUGGUGAGGCCUGUAGAGUCUUCCUCAGGAUGGCAAGCCGAAUUUCAGGAGUCCAGCAGUAGUCUUGAGAGUCGCUCUUUGGGCUCUCCUUUACCCAUCAACCUCUCUCCCACACCCAGAGGCAAGAGUGCUGAGAGCUCUCUCCUAAAAAAUAGCCUGGGACCGUCACCUCUACAGAACCACAACAAGAAGGGUGGAAAGAGACUCAGAAUCGACCUUAAGAAAGGUCCUGAAGGUCUGGGCUUCACUGUUGUCACAAGAGAUUCUUCCGUCCAUGGCCCAGGCCCCAUCCUCGUCAAAAACAUCCUACCCCGAGGAGCUGCUGUCAAAGAUGGUCGCCUUCAGUCAGGUGACCGCAUCCUAGAAGUGAAUGGUGUGGACAUCGGCGGCCGCUCUCAGGAGGAGUUGGUGGCCAUGUUACGCAGUACUAAGCAGGGGGACAGCGUGUGUCUGGUUGUGGCCAGACAGGAAGACAUGUUCCUUCCUCGUGAGCUGAAAGAGGAGCAGGCCCGCUUGCUGCUGUCAGAGGAAGGGAAGGAGCAGCUGAUGUUUGAGGUCCCUCUCAAUGACUCUGGCUCCGCAGGGUUAGGGGUCAGUCUGAAGGGUAAUAAGUCCCGCGAGACUGGCGAGGACCUGGGCAUCUUUAUUAAGUCAAUCAUCCAUGGAGGAGCAGCUUUUAAGGAUGGACGUCUACGUAUCAAUGACCAGCUGAUUGCUGUUAAUGGUGAGCCGCUUUUGGGGAAGUCCAAUCAUGAGGCCAUGGAGACUCUGCGAAGAUCAAUGUCCAUGGAAGGGAACCUGAGAGGAAUGAUCCAGUUGGUGGUUCUUCGUUCAGUGCUACCACCUAACCAGGAGUUCCAGGAAGCACGGCGAAUUCUCAAUCGAUCCUUUGAUAGCUGCGUGGGGCAGGCGGCGCACCUCAGCCAAUCAGACGCCGGCGUUCAGCCCCCCAUGGUGAUGAACAGCAUCUAUGAGCGAUGUGCGGUUUCAAAUGGGGGAUACAAUCAUACGGAAGAGGGGGAUGAUGAAGGCUUCGAUGCUAAUCCUCACAGACAGAACAGCCUCCAGUUCCAGCAGAGCCUCCUGAGUUCAGGUCUCCGUUCAGCUGAUGCAUCUUUGACUGAUGGAGGUCAGCAGGUUCAUGCGGAGCAGAAUCAUGUGAAGUCAUUGAAAAGUGUGGACCUGGUGAGCGGUGGGGUGGUUUUGGGCCCCACGUUAGGCCUGAAGAAGUCCAGCUCACUGGAGAGUCUACAGACUGCAAUGACCGAGGCCAAGAAGAACGAGCUGCUGCCCUUCCACAGGCCCCGCCCACACAUAGUGAGAGGGCGGGGCUGCAAUGAGAGCUUCCGUGCAGCAAUCGACAAAUCAUACGACGGACCGCCAGAGGAUGAUGACGAUGAGGGGUCAGAGCAGAGCUCUGGACGAGACACUCCAGCCAGCGGCUCCUCCAGACAAGGUGCGGGAGACAAUGAGGAGAACAAGAAAGACAAAAAGAAAAAGGCCAAAAGCAAGAAGAAAGAGAAGAUGAAAAGCAAAGGAAAGGAGAAGGAGAAAAAGAAAUCAGAGGAGGUCGGUGAUGAGUUGGAUAAGAAGACCAAGAAGAAAGGAUUCGGAUUGCUGAGAUUUGGAAAGAAAAAGGAAGAGAAGAGCAAGCCAGAGACAAAAGUGAAUGCGUUGAAGCAGACGACAGAGAUUCUGAGCGAAGAGGAGUUGGAAAGGAUGAAGGAAGAGAGAGAAAGAAUUGAGGCCAAACACCAGGAAUUGAGGGAGCGCCAGGGUCGAGAUCGCUUCUCUCCUCCUGAUUUGGAGGACGAUGACCUGGACCCAAACUAUGCUCGCAUCAACAACUUCAAGGAGCGUGGAUCACCUUCCCAGCCGCUCUACGGGAACCGCAGCCCCUCUCCACAGAGACCUCUGGCCCCAGUGUCCCACAGUAGAGAACCGUCCACUGAAGACCCACUGGAUGGCUUGUACGCCAAAGUCAACAAACAACGGAGCCCUCCACCUCCUGCUGCAGACAGCAGUAUGGACCGUAUCCAGCAACUGAGAAGGGAGUAUCUUCAGGCUCGUCGGGAGGGAACAGCUCCAGCAUAUGACGAGCUGGAGGCCCGACGGAGAGGAGCUGAGCAUGACCCACACAGAAUGCCGAUGAGAAACCCUGACCCCAGACUGGCACCCCGCUAUGAGGACGUCGAGCGACAGUAUGCCUCCUUGCCCAGAAGAGCACCAGCUGACCCUAAUGAGUAUCCUGUGCAGCAGUGGUCAGCACACAGAGAACCAGCACAAUACCCAAACCCCCAGUCAGGUUACCACCCCGGCUACCCUCCUCCUCCCAGAGAGGCCUACCCUCGCCCGUUGGAUCCUCGUCAAGGCGACGCCGGCUUCUACCACCCUCUUCCACAGCAGAGAGGCCCACUUCGACAGGAUGUCCCCCCAUCUCCCACCAUACCCAUCAGAGGCCCUCGAUUUGACACCAUGAGCCGCGGCGGCUACCGAAACACCAGCCCAGAGCGCUAUGCUUACGGAGACCAACGGCACUCCGACCCAAGACAGAAGAGUCCCAUGACGGCAGCUGUUUAACACAAUCAUUCCUUUUCCACUGUGUGUACGAAGUUUCUGGAACAAACACCAAACACAGCCACCAUUAUCUACAGGUGUUUACAUGCUUUUACUAACAGUUUUUCCUUAAUAGCCAAAGCUGCGUCUUAGGGUUUUGACGCAGCUUUCAUUCAUAUGUAACUCAGACGGUCCCUCCAUAUGUUCUUGUGUCUGUGUAGGAUGAAUGUUGGCUCUCAGAUGAUUGGCAGAUAUAAACCCAUUCCAGAAUCACUUUUAUCGGCACAAUCAUUACAUCUGUUAUUUCAAACUGUCAAACGUGUACUAAUGUGUGUCUGGUUGUGUAUAAAUCUUUAAAGGGAUAGAUCACUUAACAAUGAACGUUUUUUGCUGGUAAUUUACUCACUCUCAAACCAUUUUAAAAAGAUAGUUCAUCUACAAUUGAAAUUUUACUCAUUAGUUGCUCAUCCUAUAACACUUUACAAUAACAGUACAUGAAUAAUGAUGUGUUAAUAUGUAAACUAAGCAUUAUUUUACUAUAAACUAAUUAUGUUAAUGCAUGAGCUAAUCAUUAACUAUCGUUAACGACAGCAUGAUUCACUUCAUGAGUGAAUAACGGCUACCUUAACUAAUUGUUAGUACACGAUUGUUUGUGAUUUAAUUGAUUAAAUACCACAUUAGUUUAAGCUUAAUUUAACCAUCAUGAAUUCAUGAUAUGCUAAUAUAUUAUUAUAUCAUGACUUUACUUGGAGGGGCACAUCAUCAUUAACCCAUUCCUAACUACUCAUGAACUCAUUCCCGUCCAACUGGUGCGUUUACACUGAAUAACAAUAGAAAAGUGUUCUGUCAGCAUCAACAUGAACAGAUUAAACACAGAAGUUCAUGAGUAGUUAAGGAUGAGUUAAUGGUGAUGUGCCCCUCAAGUAAAGUCAUGACGUAAUGAUACAUUAACAGCUUAUGAGUUCAUGUUGGUUAUAUUUAGCUUAAUCUUUAACACAUUAAGCUUAACACAUUAAUUAACAAUAUGCACUAACAAGUAAUGAAGGUAGCAUUAUUUACUCAUGACCUCUUGUGACUCAUUUUGUAGUUAAAUUUAGUUCUUGAUUAGCGCAUACAUCAACUCAUCAUUAUUCAUAAUUAAGUAAUGUUUAGUUUAUAUAUUAAUACAUUAUUAUUCAUGUACUAUUAUUGUAAAGUGUUAAUGCUCAUCCUUAUGUGGUUCUUUCUUAAUAUUUUGAAGAAAACUGAAAACCUAAAUCCAUUGACUUAUAUAGUAGGAGACACAAAUACUAUGAAAUUUUAUAGUUAUAGCUUUUUAGCUUUGUUCAAAAUAUAGUAUUUUGAGUUCAACAGAAGAAAGACAUAGAGUACAAGUAAACUGUAAGUCAAUGAUGACACAAUUUUCAUUUUUGGAUGAGCUGGCCCUUAAAGAUAUAGGUGAAUUAUUUAGAAUGUUGUACAAUGUUGAAACUAUGAUUCUUAGUGACUCAUGAAGGCAAACCACCAGCUCUUCGAGAGUCAAAACACACAUACAGGCAAAACUAAUUUGUUACACGAGUUCUGACAAUACUUUGACAUCUUAUGAAGAGAAACCUUACAUUAUUUAUAACAUCAUUAGCUUUAAUCCACAACCUCAGCAAACAGUUCUAUAGUGCGUUCAUGUAUUUGAAACAGUAGGAAAUUGAGUUGCUGUGGAUUAGAGUUUGUUAUGUUGUUUAAAGAAAAAUGUGGAUUAGUUUUUUUCGCUUCAUAACAUUUCAAGGUAUCAUUAAGAGCCACUUCAUUUAGUUUAUUCAUUUAUUAAGUUAGUUUUACUUGAAAUGUUAUUUGUGUUUUAAAAUGCUGGUAGCCAUUAUCUUGCAUUUUAUAAAUCACAAAGUAUCACAGUUUCAGCUUAAAACUAUUCUUUAAUAGUACACUGAAGAAAAGUGUGUAAAGGUGAGUAAAUUAACAUCAAAUUUUGUUAAGACUUUAUUUUGGUACCUAGUGCACAUUUUGUUGACAAAAACUACAUGCCAAUUACUUCUCAUUGAGUAUUAUUAGACUGUCUGCUUAAUGAUACUGCUCCAUUAAAAGACAUUUAACUGAUUAUAAGAAACUUUGCAGGUACAUGUCAUCUUGCACUAACCCCAACCACAAAAGUCUACUUAUAAUUUAUUGAGUAUUAAUUGGCAUGUAGAUACAAUGUAACUUAAUUCAACAAAAUAUGCUAAAGAGACCAUCAAAAUAAAGUGAUACCCACAUUUUAAUUAGAAGAACUCAAAUUUACGCUUAGUUUUGAAUUUGUAUAACGGUAGAACAUUAACUCAUUGAACAAUAUGUAAAUGAACAUGCUACUCUUACAGUAUUUUUGUUUCUAGCACAUAGAUGCAUUGCAACAAAUCUUAAGAUUAUAUUCUUUAAAAAAAAAAAAAUGCACAAACCAUGAUAACUGCCCAUAUGUGAAGUAGUAUAAACAGAGGAAGAUGAAGAAUAAGGGGUUGUUUUUCAGGAAAAGGAAAGGAGAGUCUAAAGCACCUCUGACACAGAGGAAGGAUGAGAACCACACGUCUUCCUGGGCUUACAAUGAAUGAUCCCACCUGAAACUACACCUAGUGCAUGAAUGUGUCCUCUUUCAAAAAAUGGGGUUUAUUUUAAAAAUCAUUCUAUAUAUGUGUAUCAUUCCAUUUAUGUUUAAUGGUUUUUUCAUGUAUUUUGGUACUGAAGACUCUCUCUGCAUUCAGAGUUCAGGUAACAUGAUAAAUAAAAGUAUUAUUGAUCGUAAUAAGCGAUAAUCGUGUCAAAUAUAACGUUUUACCAAACAGAAUGAUCUGUGCACAUAUCACAUUAACACCAUGUACAAAAAUGUUGUCUUUUAUAUAACACAUUUUCAAUAAAUAUGCAUUUGAAACACA